GAGUCAUGUAUCUAAUGAUAUAAUUAAUAGUACAUGGCAUCAUAUACCAUACAUAUACUUACUCUCACACCUUUUCAAUUAAGGAAUUGAAAAACAACAACCAUGAUGUUUGCGGUUAAGCCUCUCGAUCUCAAGUCAAAUCUCUCCCUCUGCCAAUUCCCGCCGAUGCCCGCCGGCGGCACCGACACCACCCACCGGAGGAUCCGUUUCCGGUCUUCUGGAUCGCGGAGGUUGCAGAUUCAAGCGGCGAUCAGGGGUGGUGACGUGGCUGGGGAGAGCCAGACUGCGACGACGACGUCACCGUUGGACUUGGACAGCAAAGAAAGCAAUGAAGGUUUGGAAGUGAAGGCGGUGGUGACAAUUAGGAAGAAGAUGAAGGAGAAGAUGAGUGAGAAGCUUCAGGAUCAAUGGGAGUAUUUAGUCAACGGUCUUGGUCAAGGGAUCCAGCUUCACCUCAUCAGUGACCAAAUUGACCCUGUUACUAAUUCUGGAAAAAGCGUGCAAUCCAACGUCAGAGGGUGGCUACCGAAGCCGUCGAACAUUUCUUACAUUGUGGAAUACGCUGCUAAUUUCACGGUGCCAAGUGACUUUGGAUGCCCCGGGGCUGUUCUCAUUACAAAUCUUCAUGGGAAGGAGUUCUACCUAUUGGAGAUCAUCAUUCAUGGAUUCAAGGAAGGACCCAUUUUCUUCCCAGCAAACACAUGGAUUCAUUCGAGGAAUGACGACCCUGAAAGUAGAAUCAUAUUCAAGAACCAAGCAUACUUACCGUCACAAACACCAGCUGGUAUAAAAGAUCUUCGACGUGAGGACUUGCUAAGCAUAAGGGGUACCCACCAGGAAAAACAAAGAAAGGAGCAUGAUAGAAUCUAUGAUUAUGCUACGUACAAUGAUUUGGGCAAACCUGAUAAGGACGAGGAACAUGUUAGGCCAGUCAUUGGGGGUCACGAGAGGCCUUAUCCUCGACGCUGUAGAACUGGCAGACCUCCUACCCUCUCUGAUCCACUGACUGAGAGUAGAAUUGAAAAGCCACAUCCUGUUUAUGUGCCACGGGAUGAAACUUUUGAAGAAAUCAAGCAGAACACUUUCUCAGCUGGAAGGUUGAAAGCUCUGUUCCACAAUCUUAUACCCUUACUGACGGCCACUUUGUCGAGUUCAGACAUUCCUUUCAAGAACUUCUCGGACAUUGACAAGCUUUAUAUUGAAGGUGUUCUUUUGAGAGAUGAAGAGCAGAAUGGGGUAGUGGAAAAUCUGUUUCUGAGCAAGGUGAUGAAACAGGUCAUGAGUGCUGGAGACCGGUUGUUAAAAUAUGAAAUCCCUGCGGUUAUAAAAGGGGAUAAAUUUUCUUGGUUGCGGGACAAUGAAUUUGCAAGGCAGACCUUAGCUGGGGUUAAUCCAGUGAAUAUUGAGCUGUUGAAGGAAUUUCCCAUCCGCAGCAAACUAGAUCGUGUUGUCUACGGCCCUUCUGAAUCAGCUAUAACAAAGGAACUACUAGAGCAAGAACUUGGUGGAAUGAGCUUGGAAAAGGCUAUUGAGGAAAAGAGACUGUUUAUCCUUGAUUACCAUGACAUGCUUUUGCCCUUCAUCAAGAAGAUGAACUCCUUACCUGGGAGGAAAGCUUAUGCCUCCCGGACAAUUCUCUUUAAAACAAAGACCGGUGUUCUGCAUCCUAUAGCUAUUGAGCUUUCACUUCCUCCAAGCCCUUCUUCCCUACGAAAUAAACGAGUGUACACACAAGGGCAUGAAGCCACAACACACUGGAUUUGGAAGUUAGCAAAAGCUCAUGUUUGCUCAAAUGAUGCUGGCAUCCAUCAACUAGUAAAUCAUUGGUUAAGGACUCAUGCAUGCAUGGAGCCGUAUAUUAUUGCUACUCAUAGACAGCUAAGCUCAAUGCAUCCCAUUUACAAGCUGCUACACCCUCAUAUGCGCUAUACAUUAGAAAUUAAUGCACUGGCUCGACAAAAUCUAAUAAAUGGAGGAGGAGUAAUUGAGGCAUCUUUCAGUCCAGGAAAGUAUGCCAUGGAGCUUAGUUCAGCAGCUUACAAAAAGAUGUGGCGAUUUGAUAUGGAAUCACUGCCAGCAGAUCUUAUUCGGAGGGGCAUGGCAGUAGAAGACCCUUCAAUGCCCUGCGGUGUAAAACUUGUGAUUGAUGACUACCCUUAUGCUGCAGAUGGACUCCUAAUCUGGUCUGCCAUAAAAGAAUGGGUGGAAUCUUAUGUUGAACACUUCUACUCCGAACCAAAUUCUGUCACAUCUGAUGUUGAGCUCCAAGCAUGGUGGAGUGAAAUCAAGCUUAAGGGUCAUUAUGACAAAAGGAAUGAGCCCUGGUGGCCAAAACUCUAUACGAAAGAGGACCUAUCUGGUAUACUUACCACAAUGAUAUGGGUUGCUUCAGGUCAACAUGCUGCCAUAAAUUUUGGACAGUAUCCCUUUGGAGGAUAUGUGCCUAACCGUCCUACCCUCAUGAGAAAACUCAUUCCUCAAGAGAAUGAGCCUGAUUACGAAAAGUUUAUUCAAAAUCCUCAGAAAGUUUUCCUAUCAUCACUGCCUACUCAACUUCAAGCUACCAAAGUAAUGGCUGUUCAAGAUACACUAUCCACUCAUUCCCCCGAUGAAGAGUAUUUGGGUACAGUGAACCCUCUGCAUACUCAUUGGAUCAAUGAUCAUGAAGUCCUGAAGUUAUUUAAUAAAUUCUCAGCUAGACUGGAGGAGAUAGAGGAAAUAAUAAAUGCAAGAAACAAGGACCCUCAAUUGAAAAACAGAAAUGGAGCAGGUGUCCCUCCCUAUGAACUGUUGCUUCCCUCGUCAGGACCAGGGGUAACCGGUCGUGGGAUUCCCAACAGCGUAUCUAUAUAAUCUUUUGUUGCUUAUUAUGUUUGAUCCUAUACACUAUUUUAUUGACAGAACCCGUGGGUAUGCAGUGUAAGCGCACAUAUUUUUAUGGAUA